GGGGAAUUAUAUUUUGUAGUGAACUGUCUUUUGGUUAUUCACUGCAAAAAUAACAUGCUUCAUCUUUCUCUCACUCCUGCGGCAACAAUUCUGUGAUUACAGAAAGGUACGGAAACUGCGUUGAUUUUACAUCAGACACCACAAGGUAAGUAAAAUUUUUAUUUUUCUAUCCGAACAGAAUUAAGAAAAUGGCGAUAUUAGAAUUUUUUUUAGAUGAGAUUAUAGACCCCCCUAGCGUUGCCCCCAGACCCCCCUAGCGUUGCCUCGCGCCGAAGGCGCUUGCUACGUCACAGGGCCACGGUCAGCCCAGAAGCUGGAUUCGCCCCUGAAAUCGCACAUGGGUGCUUACAAGACCUGGAAGACCAAUGGUUUUCAGCCUCGUGUGUCGACUGUCUCAUGUCACAAGCUAGACGUGAAGAGAUUCAACGUCAUAACGAGGAGGUUGAUGAGGCAACUGAUGUUUCUACCAAAGAACAAUUGAGUGUAAUUGUUCGAAUGGACAAAGGGGAAAGUGUCAUUGAAAGACAGCUUGGGUUUGUUGAUGUUAGUUGUGAUAGGACUGCAACUGCUAUAUCAUCAGUGGUUAAGGGUAAGUUAAGUAAAUAUAAUAAUGUGAAGGAGAAAUUUAUUGGACAGACUUAUGAUGGUGCAUCUGUUAUGUCUGGUCAUCUCAAUGGUGUUCAAGCUCAAGUUCAGCAGGAUUAUCCUUAUGCUCAAUUUGUUCACUGUGCUGCCCAUAGACUAAAUCUAGUAUUAUGUCAAGCUGCAUCCUCCAUUUCACCUGUUAAGAUUUUCUUUGUUAAUAUUAGUGCUUUCUGCACCUUUACUAGCAAUUCCCCCAAAAGAAAAGCUUUACUAUCAUCCCAUAGACUUGAGUUUCCUAGUCCUGGUGACACAAGAUGGUAUUAUAGGGCUCAUGUCAUCAAUGUCUUGCAUUCUAAAUAUGAGAAACUGAUAGACAUAUUUGAAAAUCUUACUGAUAAUCCCAUAGGUUGGGAUGAUGAAACGUUAAAUAAGGUUACUGGUUUACUUGGCUACCUUAUGUCUUCUUGUUUUGUUUCUUGGUACUAGUUUUCCAGAGAAUUCUUGAGCAAUCAUCCAUACUUUAUUCUAUCUUGCAAGACAAGGACACUGACUUUCAUUAUGGAGUGAGUAGGGUUGAGAGAUUCAAGGCCUUUGUUGCUUCUCUGAGAAAUGAUACAGAAUAUUGUCAGGUGUACGACCUGGCUGUUGAGAAAGUGGGACCACCAGUAACCAGGUAUGACCAACGGCAUAAUUACAAACAAAUGUAUUUUGAAAUUCUUGACACAAUUGUGACUAUGCUGACUGAGCGAUUUCAGGAUAUGGAGCGUUUUAGAUUUUUAGACCUUGUUAA